AAAAAAACAUUCUAGAAACAGUGAUAAUGGAGCAAUUUAAGGGUCUGCAAAAAUCUCUAUACAUAUGGACUGAUAGCGCCGAUCUAGACAAGCGUGUGGAACAGCUGAAAACAGCCACCGGGGGCGAGGUGGCUGUGGAAAAUGUGCAUCGCCUUUCGUUUUCCUCCUACGCCAACUCCAGCUUCGACCUGAUUGUCAUUGAGUGCGCCCAGCUCACCGACAAUUACGUAAAGCUGCUGCACAUGCUGAAGCCCAGUGGAAAACUCCAUUUGUUUUCCUUCAUUGGGCCCGCCAGCAGCUUGCUGCAGGAAAUCAAACUGUCUGGGUUCAUUAACUGCAGCGAGGGUACAGAUACACUUACAGCAGAGAAGCCCGGCUACGAGACUGGUUCCUCGGCCAGGCUGUCGUUUGCCAAGAAGAACGCCAGCGCUCUGAAUGUGUGGAAAAUCAGCGGCGAUGAUGAGGAGCUGAUCGACGAGGAAGACCUGCUGGAUGAGGAGGACAAACAGAAGCCAGACCCGGCUGGUCUGAAAGUGUGCAGCACCACAGGCAAGCGCAAGGCCUGCAAGAACUGCUCCUGCGGCCUGGCCGAAGAGCUGGAGAGCGAGAAACAAACCGCAACGGCCUCUGAAAACGCCAAAUCCAGCUGCGGAAAUUGCUAUUUGGGCGACGCCUUUCGUUGUUCUACCUGCCCCUACCUGGGCAUGCCCGCCUUCAAGCCGGGAGAGAAGGUACAACUGGCCGACAAUCUGCUGAAGUCUGACAUUUAACUUAAGAACCCAUGAACGCAAUUAAUCACAUUGGGAAUAGUUUAUUAAGCUGACUUACUAACCGAAAAUAAUGUCAUAUGUAAAUACAAAUAUGCGCCGCGACACAAAUCACACAACAAA